AUGUGUAAAUCUUUCCCACAAAGUGUUGCACAAAGGCAUUGUGUCCGUGCAGUACUGAGGCCCUGGGGCGCUGCCUUGGGGGUGCUGGAGGAGGAGGAGGAGGCUGGAGAAAAGGAGCAGAAAGGCUCUUCAGCAGAAGUCACCCAGAUGGAGCUGCAGGACCUCACCCUUUCCUGGGAACCUGCUCCUGGCCCGUGCAGGCCAGACGGGCACUGGCUGGCAGAGCUGCCUCUCUGGUUUCUUUCCCCUGUCUUUGUCCUCCUUGACUCCAGGCAAAGAAAUGCCAGGGACCAGGUGGUCUAUGGCUCUGGAACUAGGAGGGACCAAUGGGCGCGGCUACUUCAGAGGUCCAAGGAGAAAACAAAGGAAGUAAUAAUAAUAAUAAUAGAAAGAAAGCAAGGCACGGCUGGGCCCCUAGUGCCGGGAUGGGAGGAGCUGGUCCUGCUCCCGGGAAGGAACCUGAGCCUCUCUCUGCUGCCCCCUGCAGGCCAGUUUGGCGCCGGCACGGAGUCCUACUUCUCCCUGCUGCGCUUCCUACUCCUCCUCAACGUGCUGGCCUCUGUGCUUAUGGCCUGCAUGAUGCUGCUGCCCACCUGGCUGGGAGGCGCUCCCCCAGGCCCUCCCGGCUCCAACACCUCCUCGCCCUGUGGCUCCUAUAACCCCCACUCCCAGGGCCUGGUCACCUUUGCCACGCAGCUCUUCAACUUGCUCUCAGGAGAAGGUUACCUGGAAUGGUCCCCUCUCUUCUAUGGCUUCUACCCGCCCCGCCCCCUGGCGGUCACCUACCUGUGCUGGGCCUUUGCAGUUGGCCUCAUCUGCCUCUUGCUCAUCCUGCAUCGCUCGGUGUCCGGGCUGAAGCAGACACUGCUGGCGGAGUCCGGGGAUCUGACCAGCUACAGCCACCGGGUGUUCUCGGCCUGGAACUUCGGCCUCUGCGGGGACGUCCACGUGCGGCUGCGCCAGCGCAUUAUCUUGUACGAAUUACAGGUGGAGCUGGAGGAGACAGUGGUGCGGCGCCAGGCUGCUGUGCGGACUCUGGGCCAGGAAGCCAGGGUUUGGUUGGUGCGGGUGCUGCUCAACCUGCUGGUGAUCACACUCCUUGGGGGAGCCUUCUAUGGCAUCUACUGGGCUACAGAGAGCACCGUGGCGCUGCAGGAGACGUCCCUUGUUCAGCAGUUCCCACUGCUGAAGCUUGUGGUGAAUUACCUUCCGUCCAUCUUCAUCGCUGUGGUCAACUUUGUGCUGCCGCCCGUGUUCAAGCUCAUUGCUCCACUGGAAGGCUACACUAGAAGUCGCCAGAUCGUUUUUAUCCUGAUCAGGACCGUGUUUCUUCGCCUGGCCUCCCUGGUGGUCCUGCUCUUCUCUCUCUGGAAACAGAUCACUUGUGGGGGCGACUCCGAGGCUAAGGACUGUAAAACUUGUGGCUACAAUUACAAAGAACUUCCGUGCUGGGAGACUGUCCUGGGCCAGGAAAUGUACAAACUUCUGCUCUUUGAUCUGCUGACUGCCUUGGCAGUCGCGCUGCUCAUCCAGUUUCCUAGAAAGCUCCUCUGUGGCCUCUGUCCUGGGGCGGUGGGUCGUCUGGCGCAGACCCAGGAGUUCCAGGUGCCCGACGAGGUGCUGGGGCUCAUCUACGCGCAGACGGUGGUCUGGGUGGGGAGUUUUUUCUGCCCUUUGCUGCCCCUGCUUAACACGGUCAAGUUCCUGCUGCUUUUCUACCUGAAGAAGCCACCCUUUUCUCCCACCUGUUCUCCGGCUGCCCUUUGCUUCCACAGGCCUCCGGCGAAUUUUUUCCCCUUGGUUCUUCUCCUGGGUCUGGCCAUCUCCAGCGUUCCCCUGCUUUACAGCAUCUUCCUGAUCCUGCCUUCUAAGCUGUGGUCCAUUCCGGGGCAGUGGGCCAUCUGGGCCCAGAUCCUGAGACUAUUUCCAGCUCCUGAGACCACCAGGCUCUUCUUCCUGGGGUUGAAGUUUGCUUGGCUUCCCGUUCCUGUCUCCUCUAGCAUCCUGAUAGCGUACACUGUAGCUCGGGCUAACUCCUACGGACGCCUCAUCUCUGAGCUCAAGCGUCAGAGAGACGGAGCGCAGAAUAAAGUCUACCAGCACGGCGCGCUGUGGCGUGGCCUCACCCAAACCUUACGGCUCUUUGACCCGCAACUCGUCCCUUUCAGACCCCAGGCCCAUUGUUCUGAAUGCCCUGCCUAUAACUUUCUCCCCAGGCCCGUACAGAAUUCCUAUGAAAGAAAGCCAGACAUCAGAACUCACUGCCUGAGCUUGAAGCAGCAGAGGCGGGAGCCCCAAGUUCUGGCCCUGUGA